AUGCAGAUUAUCGUUUAUUUGCUUUGUUUGGUUGCUCAUUGCUCUCUUUUUAACGGUGAGUACGUUGUUUUUCAUCACAGCUAUAUUUCACGUUUUAAUUCAGUUACGGUAUACAUUACUUACUUAUUGCCGGUCGAGAGUUCUGCUUUGAUCUGUUGAGGCAGUUUGAAUCUUGAUUUGCUGUAUGCUUCAUUUGAAUUAAAAUUGGAAACGAAAUAUUACUAUUUAAGAGUUUUAUACUGUGCGUAAAGUAAUCAUGAGGUACUUCUGGAAAUUUGAUGGACUUCUGGCGGUGGCUCAACAUCAUCCUCAUCACAAAACGAUAAUCUGAGUGAGAAUAUGAAAAGACUUUUCGUGUCAGUACGACAGAGAGAUGCUAUGUCGGGUCUCACUUGAUAUGUUCUUGUGCCACCAGUAAUUUUUAAGGCUAGGAGCUCACUCUCUGAAGUUCUAUCACUUCUUUUAAGUCGUUAAUGGAUUAAUAAAGAUUAAUUAGUGCAUUGUUCUAUGAAUUCUUUGUGAGAUCAAGGAAACUAAAUGCGGAUUUUGAGCCGGACACGCUAAGCAGUGAUAAAAGCGUGUAGACUAAGAUCCAAAAUCUACUAACUGUAUCCAAACAAUGAACCAAAUAACGCUUUUAAUUAACCGCUCUCAUUAUCGUCAACGAGUUUAAGGGUGAAACGGCAAGGAACCACCCUUACUCAUGAACUCAAAAAAUAAGUAAGUAGCGACAGUUCUAAGUUAGUUAACUAGUCUAGCAGCGUUGAGACAGAGUAUUACAGAAGUUCUACGUUGGCUGCAAAGUACUGGUUUCAUUUUAGGCCAGCCUACAUGUUUCCUGGUAAUGAUAAAAAUUAGUUUAAAUUGGUCAGUUUCAUUUUCAGUGACUCGCUCCUCACUUGUCAUUGAAGUUUUCAAUCAAAGGUUCCUUUGAGGCAGCUCAACGAAUUCGUUACAUUCCUCGAGUCACUUGUUACUUAUAGGCCAAUUAUGUGAAAUUGUUGGGACAAUUUUGGACAAGAAUUACGUGGGAAAACUUCUCACUACCUCACCUAAGACUAAAACUCUGAAGAAGUUCAUUUUGGAUUCUGGUUAGGAAACUGUCUUUCAAGUUACGACCGCUUAUUUCUGAAUUAGUUUCCAGGGCACAAUUAAGUUUUGAAUUCAUGUUAUCUGAUAUUAACCAAGUUCUCGGAAUAAGUUGGGGCUUUUCACGAUAAUUUACGGUUAACUGCAGUUGGUUUUCCUCCUGGGAUGUAUUCCCAAACAAACUCGUUAUUCCUUUCUCAAACGCCUGGAUUUCAUGAAAAAGUGGAUCGAGUUGUUUAUCAAAUUUGUGCGAAAGUAUAUUCGUUUUCAAAAAGUUGUUAAAAACUUUUUUGUUUUUCUAAAAGUCAUUCAUUGUUUUUUAAUGCUUGAGUAUAUCUGGUUUCUCUUCUGAAGGUUAAUUCAUUCGUUUUGGUUCAUGUACGAAUUAAUUGUAACUUGAAAAGAAUGUUCUUUAUAUAACUAGUUUCCCGUUCAGAACCACAAAACGUGCAAUCCAAGUUUUUUGUUUCAUACAGUUUAAAGUAUAAUGAAUAGCAACAUUUGGGUGGCUGUUAUAUAUGUUAUUUCCGAGAACCACCUCUUCUAAGGAUUAGACAACAGGGUCUUGGAUCACGGUAAUGACUACUCAAAGAGUUGAAAAUCACUCUUCGAGUCAGUUAGUACCAUGAAUAGAUGAAAGUUAAUCGUAUCUUAGUUAGCGUGUUUGAAGGCUACGUGACAUUAAUAAGGUUAAGAACUGUCCUUUUGAAAAACCAUCACUUGGAUUAAGUCAGUCUUGAUUUACUGAUUGAGUAAAGAUACAUCGGGCACGCAGAUCCAAUAUCAGUGUUGCGUUGGAAAUCUAGGAAUUGUUAUUUCAUCAUCCUUCGCCGAAAAAGUCUAACGAUAAGAAGACCUUAAUCACAUUUAGCACAAUCAGCCCAGAGACAAUGGAGAUAAGAUAUCCAUCUGGAAUGGGGGUACGCCCAUUGUGAUGAAAGUUUGAAGGCAUGCUUUUGGGAAAAUGGACUUCUCCCUCAUCAUAACUUUAUCCCAUUAUGUAUUCCUAUAAAACUUGAACUCAAAAGCGCUCUUACUUCUCUUCAUUCUGCAACUGUUUAUAUCUCCUAAAACGAGUUCAAAGGUUAGUCAGCAAGGAAUUGCUGAUCAAUUACCUCAGCGGAAAGCCAAGGGCCUGAAAUUCUACCAAGUUAGUCGAAUGGCAUAUUCCCCAAGUGUCUCUCUCUGCGGGCAACAAACAACAGCCAUUUCACAAGCAUCCACAUUUGAUACGUAUAGAGCUGUGCCAAAGAGAGUUUAAAAAGAUUAAGAUAUCGAACGAAGGAAUAUAAUUAAUCUGUCACUUCAAGUUAAACAGCUACUGGAAAUAUAAAUCCAAUUGUCGGCUAGUGGAUCUUUCUACGGCUAGUGGAUCUUUUUACGACACAAGUGCUUCAGUUGAUUUGCAACAUUUUGCAAUGUUUCCAGUUUGACAGACGGUAAAAGAGUUCCCUUUGAGAGCAUUAGAAAAGGACCUUUUUUUUAUCCCAAUCUGCCUUUUCGUCGGUUAUAGAUUCUUAUCCCUAUUUAGUAAAGUUGUUUACAAAUUGACAGAGAAAAUUGUAUUGGAUAGAUAACAGAUCGACUAUGUUUUACCGCACGUUUCAGAUCAUGACCUUGAACUUUUCGAGUCGAGCAUCUUUUUUCAAUCAUGGAAUUGACGGAUAGACAACGAAAAUUAGACCAUAUUAUAACAUACAAAUUUUUCUACGUCUUGAGGGGUCGAACUUUUAGAAACUGUAUACACGAUCUCCUGCCAAAACCAUGGAAGCUUGCAUGUGUCUCGGAAUCUUCAUAGUAGCUUUUCAAGGAAUUAGUCAGUUUGCAGACAUUUAGUUUUAAAUUGUUACACGAGCUAUUUCUUCUUUUCUAAGGUCCUUAAAUAUCUGCUUUCAACACAUUUUGUGUAAUUUUUGUGGCUACUGCCUCCUACGGAGGCGAAGCCAUAACGCUGUCGUGUUGGGUGAAUGAGUGUAACAAUAGAAUACGAACGACCUCUUCGUUCACAACGAAGUGUGCCGAGCUUUACCCGAUGUUCCUCGCUCUUGGUUUUUGUUUGUUUCGGAACAUCUUCUGUCGUUCAACGCUUAGAGACAAUUUCUUCAAAUCGCUUCGAAUUUUACACGGAAUAUUAGCAGAUGAUCACACAGUUUUUCGGUGCUACUUAUUUUUUGUCUCGAACUACAGAAGACUAUAAACAUCUCAAAAUCAUUUUAGAAUGGCGCGUGAAAAAAGAAAGCUUUACCUUGCAGAAAUGUUUUGAAAGAAGUGAUCGGCACAUCAUGAAAAUUCAGAGGAAUUUUUUUUUCUUCAAACAGAGAGCAUUUUACCGUUUGAAUCAGCGAAUUAUUCCCAGUAGAUCCGAAGAUAUAAUUUUUUUCCGGUUCUAACCAGUUCUGACACUACAAUAGAUGAUAAACAUCUCAAAAUAAUUUCACAGUGGCGUCUCCGGCACGUAAUUGAAAAAGAGACUUUUUCCUUGCAGAAAAUGUAAAUAGGUUUGAUCUGUAUAUCGUGGAAACUUUGAAGAAGAGAUCAUCUUACCAUUUCAAUCAGCAACAACUGUUCAGAAGAGCCUCUAACUUUGCGAAGCGAACAAGGUCCGAAAUAUGAUACGUUAAGUUCAACAGGGUGACGCCAUUCGAUGGAAUGAUGUAAUGAUAGAAUGGUGGAGUGGUGGAAAAGCGAAUGGUAGAAUGGUGGAAUGGUAGAAUGGUGGAAUGGUAGAAUGGUGGAAUGGCGGAAUGGCGGAAUGGCGGAAUGGCGGAAUGGCGGAAUGGUGGAAUGGCGGAAUGGCGGAAUGGCGGAAUGGCGGAAUGGCGGAAUGGCGGAAUGGCGGAAUGGCGGAAUGGCGGAAUGGCGGAAUGGUGGAAUGGCGGAAUGGCGGAAUGGCGGAAUGGCGGAAUGGUGGAAUGGGGGAAUGGUGGAAUGGUGGAAUGGUGGAAUGGUGGAAUGGUGGAAUGGUGGAAUGGCGGAAUGGUGGAAUGGUGGAAUGGCGGAAUGGUGGAAUGGCGGAAUGGUGGAAUGGUGGAAUGGUGGAAUGGCGGAAUGGCGGAAUGGCGGAAUGGUGGAAUGGUGGAAUGGUGGAAUGGCGGAAUGGUGGAAUGGUGGAAUGGUGGAAUGGCGGAAUGGUGGAAUGGCGGAAUGGUGGAAUAUUCUACAACGCGGAGUGCCUCGUUGUAUGAAACAAAGUCUCACAAAAAUGGAAUUGCAAUGAAAAGGGAAAUGAUUUAUAAUUAACAGGCAAAUCAAAAUUAAAGGAAGGCUGGUUUAAUCAUUAUUGGAGCCUAGGGAUAAACCGACAGAGGAAAAGUAAGGUUCUUGAGCUAGCCCUCAUAAGUUAUCAAUACUAUUACUUUUGUUAUCAUAAUCAUUAUUAUUAUUUCUGUUAUUAUUAAUAUGAUAAUUUUUUACCAUCUAAUCAGUGGUUGAGCGUAAAUUAUUUACCAUAUUUUUCAAUCAUCUUGCUCUUAUGGAACAGGGCUCUCAGUAUGUGGGAUGCGGCAGGUUUUCUGUUUUAAAUGCGAGACAAAUCUUCUGCAACACUUCCUUCUGGCAUUAUCAUACAACCCCUGGUUCUUUUCAAUGCUGUAAAAAAAUUGUGCUAUAUCAGUAGCCACAUGUAGUCUUAACUGCCUGUUCUCUCUUUUGACUUUCAGUGGAAGCAGUGCAAGUAAACAGGAACACCUGCUAUCGCAAACAGAAUUUCGAGCUGGUCGCAUACCGACGUAAAUAACCUACAGAGGACCUGAUGUGUACUAUAUUGUUGAAUGAACCCAGUCGUGUUGUUAGUCGACUAUUGAUGUCCACUUGCCUCAAUUAACGGUUCUGAACAAACUCUAUUUCAAAUUACAGAUUCUGUGCAAACCAAUUUAUUUCAGUAGAGGAUGAAAAUUAACUUAUCAGCGUACUCAUUAGUACAAUCAAUCACAACAAAUGAUUUAACGGUUUACAUGUUCUAGUUUGAAAGACAUAAAUGCGUGGACUUGUUAACACUAUCGUCAUAAAUGUUCAUUUCUUAAUGCCAUUUGGGUUGUUUACUGACAUCAUAAUUACCAUUAGUGACUAUUAUCGACUUGACAAGAGAACAUGAUGUUUAACUUAACUAGAGGACUGCCUCGUUCAUCAGAAAUAAUUAUAACGAUCUUUCAAGAAGGUGCCUCACUGGCUUAAUGAACGUCAUAAGAAAGGUGGAGGACUUUCCUCGGUUUCUCCCAGUCAAACUUCUUAGCUACGCUCUAGAAACAUAAACUGUAUAACCUACCCCCUCGAACAAUUUCAAUUUGCUACCUUUUUAUGUUUGUUUGCAAGAUUUGUUUAGUUGUUUGCUUGCUGUAGCACCGAAACAUCCCAUAGGAUAGUGAGUCAAUUCCUGUGUUAUUAUCGAUAUCAGCAUAUCAUUAGUAUGGAUAACGUAACGAUUCCUGAGUUAUACUUGUUUUAUCUUCUCUUUAGGGGGGUCGCAAGAGGGGGCCUUGGAACAAGUUAUGGUGGACGUUGGAGAAUGUGCAAAGGAUAACACCACGGUAAAGGGACUUACUUUUGAUAUUGCGAGCUUAGAAAAGUCUCACGGGACAACCACCACUCAUUUUUUUUACUUAAAGAAAAAUUUGGGGAAGAGUCCUCUGUUAUUUCGUUUACUUAGAACAUCUCAAGUCAGGUCCCCAUUUAUUGAUAAAGCUUGUCUUGUAGCAUAUUAUUUUAAAGACGCGGUUAGUUGUUUGCGAGGUCUGGCAACCAGGACCCAAUUGUUUGAAAAGAAGAUUACUUGAAAAAUUCAACUUGUUCUUGAUAUAUUAAAGUUCAUAUAUUAAACUUGUUCUUGAUAUCUCUUGAAAAAAAGCGUAUAUUAGGGCUUACGUUCUUACGGUUUUACUCCAGCGUAAGAUGCAGCUAAAGGAAAAACAUGAACAAUUAAAUUAACUAAGAACUGGGAAAUUUAGAUCUUAUUUAACUUUGUCUGUGGGACACAGUCUAAUAUUAAGCGGAAGGAUUUUAGACUGUGCUGGAAAAAAUGAAAUUAAAUCAUAAACCGAUUAUACUUACGGACACACUCGAGGCUGUUAAUCUUCCAAAGAGGUUUGCUUGUGCCAACGAACAACGCAAAGGGCAUUUUGGAAAAUUUGAGUGGGGAAUGCGCAUGGCUGGGUGAAAGAUAAGCCCCCCCAACCCCCCGCGUUUCAAAACGUUCCACCACCUUUGCAUAAAACUCUACACUAUCAUUAAUCACUCAGAGAAAUCGCAUUUGAAGUAGUCUUUUACUUACCCUCGGCGAUUAAUGAAGACAGAUAAGUUUUUUCCUUAAAGAAAUAUGCUGCAAGGUGUAAAAUCUCUAGUAUAUCGAUGAAAAACUACUGGGCGGCUCGCGUCUUAUUUUCCCGCUCAAAUUUUUGUAGUCACGUGAAAAAUGUGAGCCAAUCAAUCGGAGCUGAAAUUAGAUUUUUUUCGUGGAAUCGAGUUACUCUGAAACUCUGUUUCCGAAAAUUCUAGAAAACGCGGCUUUGAACUCGAUGCGCCGACCAUGAAAACCUUUGUUUAAAGCUAUUUUCCGAAGCUGAACCGGGAGUAGGAAAAAUAUCCACCAAGUAAUCGAACGAGACGUCAAUGAAUCUACAGAAUGAAAUUUUAUUAUUUUUAAAUGAGUCCUAAGCUUCGUAUGAAAGCCUUAGAUAUUUCUUUACCUCUUUAUCAAUAUCAAGCUGUCUCAUAGUUCGGGUCGCUAUAAGGCUCCCAUUGAGCUUUUUGGAAAAUUAUGGAGGUUUGUAAUUAAGUGCGGAAUAGAUCGGAUUCUCUUUAAGGAACCCUGAAGUAUAAUUCAGUGAUAAAGUAGUCAGUAAGAUUCGAAGGAGUGGUCAGUGCAUAGUAAAACAAUACGAUUAUUAGCCUAUUUGCUCUCUAUGCGUCGAAGUGGAUGCAGACUUUAACCCCCGACAACUAUCACGCAACAGGAAUCUUGAUGGUCAUGAUAAAAAAGAAUAGUAAAUUUUUUUGUUAGUAAUAGUUACCGAGUGUUCAUUACUCUUCUUUUCAUUCCUGAUUUAAUCUCUUAGAACAAUACAUGCCUCCCUUAUGAACUGACCGAGCAUCGCAAUUACGCCAUGGCACCGGUCAUUAUUGAGAAGGAGAUCAUAGAGAGCUGUCAGUCGGCAAGUAACGGAUGUCAGCGGCUCCCACGCCUGGUUAAGUAUUACAACGGAACUAAGUUUGAGGUCACGAUUGACGUUGGAAUUUGUAGUGGACAAUGCCAUAGAAACACUAAAUGCCAGUCAUUUGACAAGAAAACAAAAAGCAUUUCUUCAGCAAACGGUAAGAUUCGUAAAAUACCUUACCCGCAAAAGGUUUUUUUUAAAAUUUUUUUUCUGAGUAAUCAUAAAGCAGCAGUGAAAGAUGCGUUUCUGAAGAUCGCUCUUAAAACGUCUAUGUUUUCUGUACUCUAGGAGAUAGAUGCCUCGUAAUUAUUGUGGACUGUGCAUGUGUGGAGCCUUCAUGCUACCGAGUGUCACGUUACGAGGGAUUUCCAGAACAGUACACUGACUCCCAUGGAAACAAGGCAAUGCGAACCAAGGUAAACAUUCCCCUGAUUUUCAUUUAUAAAAUUUUCCUGACAACUUUUAAUCAAGGACUAACAAAGAAAAAAAAAACUGUUGCCUUUUUACCACACUGAAAGAGGAGCAGUGCGCUGUUGAUGUCGUGGAAUUUGGUGAAGUGAUUAAAUAAUAUCUUACAAUCAAAAACGUUAAUUUCCUGCUCCGGAAGCAUAAUAAAAGUUAAAAAUUUUUCCAAACUCGGAGCUAAAAAUUAAAAACUUAUGAAAUAUUUCGUCCGUAUUUCGACCGGACUUCAUCAGUCAAUGAUAUGAAUGUUAAAAAGAUGAAUUUUAAGAAAGGUUUUUUUUUUAACGCCUCUUGGGAGUUAGAAUUGUGUCAUAGAUAGCUGCUAAUUCGUAACCAUUGUCUCUGUUUAACGCCGGUUUCGUAAGUUUAAUUUGAAUAGCUUCUUUUAUCCUGCGUUUGAAGGACGAAAUAUUUCAUAAGUUUUUAAUUUUUAGCUCCGAGUUUGGAAAAAUUUUUAACUUUUAUUAUGCUUCCGGAGCAGGAAAUUAACGUUUUUGAUUGUAUCUUACGACAACAUGGACGCGAAGUCCUAAAGAUGGUUAGGAAAGGAGAGAAAACGCUUGGAAAACUCGCCCGGUGGCAGAAUCACAAGCACUUUAACAUCCGAUGCAGAUAUAACAACAUUACUCCAAACAGCCUGAAACUACGAACCUGUAUGAAAGGUGUUAAGACCAUGAAGAUUAUUCAUAAUGCCGAGAAGAAACUUCUUCAGGAACGAAUAAGACAAUGCAACUUUACGAUCAGAAAGUACGAGGAGAGCGUGAAAGAACUGAAAUCAAGUUUACAAUCCAAGGUGUCAACAGAGAUAAAUAAUCAAAUCUUAACUCUCUUCGAGAAAACACAUUCGUCGCACUUUGAGAUGGCAAAGAGCCGCCAGAGGCAAAAGUUUGACCGCCUACUGAUCAGUAAAGAAGAAAUUCGGUCACCGACGACAAACAUUGGAGAUACCAACAUUGAUCGGACAAAGUGGGUUAUGAAUCUCUCUGACCGCCCUCUUUCCGACAGUGAACGCUCGGUUCUCAUGAAAGGUCUGAAUUUUAGCGUAACUCCAUCAAAGAUUCCAGUUGAUGAGAUCGUGGCAGCCACUGAACUGGCCUGUAUUCAACUAAAAGAGAAAAGCCAAGCAGAGAGCCUGAGAAAUGAAGUAGUUAAAAUCGUAAGCAAGAGCAAACCCCCAAGACCAAACAUCAGCAGAGCUGAAAGGGAAGCCAUUAAGGCGCUGGCGAAAGACGAUUCAAUUGUAAUCUUACUAGCGGACAAAGGGCGUUUCAUACGAUGUUUCCUCACUGUUUACCAGCAUUCCGAUCAAUGAAGCCAUUCCAGUUGUCAGAGCCAAACUGGGAAGUGACCAGAGCUUACCGGACAGAUGCCCGUUAGAUAUCGCCCAAUUAUCUGUUCUACUAGAGAUGUGCCUCUCGAGCACAUACUUUACAUUCCAGGGUGAAUUCUAUAAACAAAAGAAAGGAGCCGCAAUGGGGUCUCCAAUUUCCCCUGUAGUGGCCAAUCUCUACAUGGAACAGUUCGAGAGCAGAGCUCUGGACACCGCCCCCACCCCUCCAACUAUGUGGUAUCGAUAUGUUGAUGACACGAUGGCCAAGAUUCACGAAAACGCCGUCGAUUCCUUCUCAGAACAUCUAAACUCCAUUGACCAACACAUCCAGUUCACUUCGGAACAAGAAAAGGAUGGCAGGAUUCCUUUCCUUGAUACCUGUGUGAGUAUUAACCAAGAUGGUUCUACCAAGAUCUCAGUGUACCGCAAACCUACGCACACGGACCAGUACCUAAACUUCCAGUCAAACCAUCAUCUACAACACAAAAGAGCUGUGGUUAACACCCUGAUGUUGAGAGCUCAGACCUUGGUUACGGAAAACGAGGACAGAACUAGAGAAACACAGCAUGUCAAGCAAGCUCUAAAAAUGAAUAACUAUCCAGAAUGGAUGCUAGCAAUACCACAUCCAAAAUCUACAACAGAAGAUACCGAAGAGCCUCAAAACGAGAAGAAAGGUAUCUCGGAACGCCUGCAAAGAGCGUUCAAGUCACACGAUGUUACACUUAUUCAUAAACCCGUCAAUUCUUUAAGAUCACAAUUGGUACGUGUCCAGGACACAACUGUCAAUCUCAAGAAAUGCGGUACGGUGUACCAGAUCCAUUGUGAGAAGUGUAACAAGGAGUACGUUGGCGAAACGGCCCGCGCUCUGGAAAUCAGAGUGAAAGAACACCAAUCAAGAAGUUCAUCAGCUGUUCACGAGCAUUGUCGCCUAGAGGGCCACUCGGUGGACCCAAAUAAGACAAAAGUACUAUCAACCGAAGUUAACACCUUCAAACGCAGGAAAAAAGAAGCUAUUCAAAUUAAACUUACGAAACCGGCGUUAAACAGAGACAAUGGUUACGAAUUAGCAGCUAUCUAUGACACAAUUCUAACUCCCAAGAGGCGUUAAAAAAAAAAAAAAAAAAAAAAAAAAACCCUUCUUAAAAUUCAUCUUUUUAACAUUCAUAUCAUUGACUGAUGAAGUCCGGUCGAAAUACGGACGAAAUAUUUCAUAAGUUUUUAAUUUUUAGCUCCGAGUUUGGAAAAAUUUUGAACUUUUAAAUAAUGUCUUGAUAUUAUAGAUCAUAGACGUUGGAAAAUGCAUUGGUAACUCUCGAUGCCUCAAGAAACUUCCCACAGGCAACCAAAGGUCUUUACCAACCAACCAUUAUUACUGUUUAUUAUCCAAAAUUAAAUUUCUAGGGAUUAUCCAAAAUUAAAUUUAUUAUCCAGCGUCACUAAAAAUAGUACAAAUAACACGCGAAACGAGUACAAAUAACCCACGAUAUUUGCACGGAUGAUUAUUUUGUCGAUUGUUAAAAAAUGUUUCCCAAGUGGACCGUUUCCUCACGGCCAUGUAACAUGCUAUCUAUAAUAUGAACACCAAUGAAAUACCAAAUCAUUUCACUUCGAUAUCGAAAGGCGCGAUUUUUAUGCGUGACCAUACCAUAUCGAAUGUGCAAAUACUAAUAAUAAUAAUAAUAAUAAUAAUAAUAAUAAUAAUAAUAACAACAAUAAAAUAAAACUUUAUUCAAACACGAUAAAUAUUUAAAGCCAGAGGCUUGUGUAGUCGUGUUACAGAGGUCUUGUACUAUUAAUCCACUUAACGACGUUUUUUUACCAAUGUUAAGAGAGUUUAUGGGGCCAUGAAAAGAUCCUCUGUGAAAGAGCAUUGCUUCGCAUUUAGUUGGAAGAGGAAUUAAGGAAUUGGCAAUGCACCAUGCAUACAGUUCAGACAAGGCAAGGUUAAGACUUGCUGUAACUUCAUCAAUAGAUUUACCGAUGAUGUAAACAGUUGUGUUGUCUGCAUAGAUGUAGACUGUACCUCUCUUAAUUGAUGAAGGCAUGUCACUGGUACAUAGGGCAAAAAGGAGUGGCCGCAGUACCUACCCUGUGGUACUCCGUACCUGACGACUUCAGUAUCCGAAGUCUUCCCGUUAACAAUAGUGAACUGCUUACUCUCUGUGAGGUAAUCAGUUACCCAUGACAAGAUGUUUCCAGUCAUUCCAAACUGAUACUGUAGCUUGUGUAAUAGGAGUGGAUGUGAAACGCAAUCGAACGCUUUUCUGGAAUUUACGAAAGCUGCUCUUACGACCAAGUUUUCAUCAAUUGCUUUUCGCCAUAUUUCUGUGAGAUGAAUUAAAAGUAGCUCUGUUGAAUGCCCUGCGUGGUAUGCCCACUGUCUGUCUGUAAUCAAAUUUUCACUGAUAACAUGGCUCUUUACCGUGUCAGUCACACAGGAUUCCAAUAUCUUACUAUGCGUACAGAGAUAAGAAAUAGUCCUGUAGUUACUUAUGUCUGACUCAUCAUCAUGAUUAAAUACUGGAGUUAAGCGUGCUGUCUUUCACGUGCUAAAAUACGUCGUUUCCAUAUAAUACUUGAAUAAGUCGUAGAGGGGCUGAAUUAAUGCUGGCUGGGUAAGCUUUGUUAGUCGUGAUGGGAUGUUGUCAAUACCAGGUGAUUUAUUACUCUUCAACUUGUCUAAUUUUGUGUCUACCUCUUUAAAUGAAAGAGAUAUAUCUGCAAUGUUCUUUGUCAUUAUGGGACUUAUUGUACCUGUUAUUGGACUUGUUGUUCCAUGAAUAUCAUUUGCCAGUUGCUCUCCUAUGUUGGCAUAGAACGUGUUCAUGACAUUAGCCUUUUCCUGGUCAUUAACUAUUACGCUUUUGUCAGAUCGCUUUAAAGGGCCUAUUAUUGAUUUCUGGACAUUGUCCGGCCUAGUGGCAGAAUUAAGAAUAUUCCAGUAAUUUCGGCUAUUUUAGCAUCUUUGAUCUUGUUUUGAAAACACUUUUGCUUAGCUCUUCUGAUGUCAGAAGUAAUACUGUUCCUGAUAAGAUGUUAUCUUCACGUGUGAAGACAUGUUUUCGCGCGAAAGAUCUAUUGGUAUUUCAGUGGUGUUUAUAUAAUAAAUAUCGAUUAUUUAAUCAAUCAAUCAAUCAAUCGAUCGAUCACUCAGUGAAGUGAUACCAUCACAACGGUCAAACGUCUUCCCAUGUAAGAUGGUGGCGAACAUCCAGGCUUUCAAAGCAAAGUUGUCUCACAGUAGUUUUAAACAACCAAACAAAAAAGUGAAUCACAGCUUAUUAAAACUGUAGUACUUUUUACGACUCGUUUAUUGAUCAUACUGAGCUUUGUGUUAGAAAGGUCUCAAGUUUUUAAAUUCCCGAAAUUUGUUUCCUUUACAGAUUUCUUUGAAUGUACCUCUUUUGUUUUACAUGUUUUGCGUGCUAGAAGUUGUUUAUGAUGUUUUCCCUGGAAAUUUUUGUGAAGGAAAUAGAAAAUUGAAGUCUUUGCGCAUGCCUGCCGUUUGACCUCUGUGAUAAUAAUCCCAUGAUGCUUUUUGGUUGUUGGUGUAGGCUGUUAAAUAGUGUAUUUUUUUCUAUAUAGAAACAAACCAGAGGACGCUGAUGGGACAACAAGGCAGAUCUUUUCUAUUUAAAAACAUUUCGCAACAUGUUUUAACGUGAAAGUCAACGCAGAACUAGUUAAAUUCCGGUUUGUUGUGCCCAUUUAUCUGCCUUGAUGCUCGAGACACAGAAUGUUCUUAGCCAUAUCAGUCUGCUCGAUUUAGCUCAUGGUUAAGAUGAAUGACAGUAUUUAAAAGGGCGAUAGUCAAUGUGAAUUUUAUUGACUUUUCAACAGUAUAUACCCUUUUCGAUGUUUAAAUUUUCUGCAAACUGUGCCGCGCUAUUUUAUUUUAACGCGCGAGUCGUGCGCCAAUCAUCUCAUACACAAAACGCAACAACAGAAGUUAAGCUUCUCUUGUGGUUAAUAUUUCAAAAAUCUCUCGAAGAAAAUUUGAUCAAACCAUACUGCGGCCUAAGAUGGUAAAAUCGCCAAUCUGCAAAAACUCUAGCAAAAUUUUUUAUGCUAUACGGCUUAUAGAUAUGAACAGCCCAGAAGGGCGUUAGUUUGUGAGCAGUUUUUAACUGAAAACGAGCAUAGCCGUGACCAUUAUGGCCAGGAUUGAAAUCCGAAUCUCGAGGUCAAGGUUUUUAAGACCAGAUAUUGUAUCCACGGAAUUAUUCAAGAUAUUCAGAAAUUAAUACUGAAAUCUUUCAAUAUACCCAUACUUGAAUAUGGCGCCCACCUUCCCCAAAGUAAUAGCGGAGCUCGCAGAGCGUAGCCCCAUAAUUAUACAAAAUAGUAGUAACCCAUCAAGCCGAAAAAAUUUGGAUGUACGACCGUACAAGGUGCUACUUUUAACAUGCGUCGUCAAAUGUACCGCGGGCACGCUAACUCCACGGUUUUGUUCAGUAGUCCAGUGGUCAAUACACUGGGCUCCGAGUCGGACGACCCGGGUUCUAGUCCUGGCCGGGGCAAGGCGUUGUGCCCUUGAGACGUGCGGGAAAAAAAUGCGAGCUCCGCUUUUAGGCUCUGUUGGCUAAAUCUAUAUAUACAGGUAAGUAGGAAAACUUGAUGGGCGCCCCAGCCUCGAAUACUGAAGCGCCCACACCGCCCCCUCCCCCCGAAGAAAAAAACACUGGAGUGCACAUGAGUAGUAUUGAUUAUUUGCAUAUAAUACUGGCAAAAAAAUCUCUAAAUUAUCUGUCUAUGGUACAUCUUCACGUUUUGAAAGUUAAACAAGCACCCACCUCGAAGUAAGCAACCACUCUCAAGGUCCAAACAUUUAAUUAGCGCCUAAAUAAAUAUAAAUGUUUAAGGAAUUGUCCACAAAUCAAUCGUUUAUUUUUUCUUUCUCUAGGAUUAAUAAGCCAAAAGGAAUUUGGAACAAUCUUAUUGGUUACAGCACAAUGAGGUGCAUUACUAAACGCUCCAAGGCGCAUUCUUUCAUCACUGCUGGGGGAAAAAACUUCAGCGUCCGCACCGUGGAAAGUUGCGCUUGUCUUGGCGGAGGGACCUUGUAACCCUGUUAAAAACUGAAGUCGAGUUGAAGUAAUUCCAAAAGACUGCUGGAUGUGUUACACACUUACAGUUAUAACUUUUGAUCUAAGCAAACACGACAUUGAGAGUAAUGUUAUUGUAAGAAUCAUUUUUAGAUAUGUGAUAUGAUUUCUCACCACCGGUGACAAGUUCGGUUGAAUAUUUCAAUCCUCUUUGAUUUUGUGUGUGUUAUUAAAAUUCGGUUGUUGUUGAUGAAAGCAAGUACGUUUUGGAGAGUUCAAUUCGAUUUAUGAAAGGUAUUAUUUAGAAGUAGUUCUGACAGUUUUACUACAAGUGUAACCACCUACAAUGUUUGAAGUAUAAUGCAAGCUGUACACUGACUAUGGUAGUCGAUAAGACCCAAAAUUCACAUAAUAGAUGUCUGUUUGUUCUUUGAAUUUAAUUAGCUCAUAUAAAAAGUCAAGUCUUACAAUAGUCCACGUGAGAUGAGUCCUGAAGAGAACAGUUGCCAGUAGCAACUGAUCAUCAGAGUCCAGUGAGGAGUUAUAGUAUGUGUCAAUCAAGUGUGACGAGUCUUAUUCGCAUAGAGUAAUUUCGUCAUUUUGCCAUGAUUUUAUCUGCCGUUAGAGCCCAGUAGCGUUUGUAAACUGUGAUUGGUCAGUUUAGAUCUGUCAGUUCGUUCGGUAGUUGUCAACUUCUCUUCGGAGGGAUUUUUUGCCAAUCAGUAAAUUUACUUCAGGCCUCAUUAUAUUUUGACCAGUAGUCAAUUAUGUAGUAGAGAAGUGUUACCAUCGAGAAUGGAAUGUGAAAAAAAUGUGCCAAAAUACCUGU